ACUUUUGCGUGUCUCCGCGAGAGGAGGGAAGGAAGGAUGGAGGAAGAGGAGGAGGAAGAGUGGCUGCUGGAGUCCUUGAGGCUCUACAACGAUCUCCACGUUUUUGAGCUUCAGGAUCCCACAAGAGUCAUCGAGUGGACGAGAGACAAAAGUAUCUGCGUAGCAGGAUAUGAAAGUGGGAGAAAGAAUGAAGUCCUCCAGCUGCUCUUGCCUCAGACGUUGUACGCAAAAGAGAACCAGGGUUUGUGUCCAGACAGAGAUUUUAAGGUUGAACACGGUGGAUUUUCUGACCGCCCCGUCUGCCAGCUGAAGCACAUGCCAGAGACCAGCUUGCUGGUGACGAGUGGCCCGCCGGACAGUUCGCUGCAGGUUUGGCGCAUGGAGCUGGACGAGACAGACGUUAUUAAACCCCUCAGCACUAUCCCUACCGCACACGGAGACGACCGCACCUGGGCGAAAAUGGCAGCUGCUUUCUCCAAGUCCGCACGGAUUCUUCACGGGCAGAGAAUCAACAACAUUCAGGUGACGGAGGUGGAAUCCGGGAAAACCGUCUUCAUGGCAGACUCCACCGACCCGGAUGAGGUGGCCACUCUGGACUUCCUGGACGAAGCCACCUUGCUGGCCUGCACGGCCGGGGGGCAGCUCUACUUUGCAGACACCAGGCAGCCCCGGGGUGUUCCGGGAGCCUCCGAGGAGGCGCACCUCCCUGGCGCCUUGGGAGGGCAGAAGUGGUGUGCGGGAGUAGAGCGUGGCCUGCCGGACAAGCCCCUGGUAGCCCGGCUCUCCUCCGGGGGCCACGUCGUGCUGACGGACUUCAGGAAGGCAUCACGCCCCAUGAAAGUGGCUCGGUGCCCGGUGGCCACGCCUGGCUUGCUGGGGGCAGAGUUCUUGGCCGUCUCCUUAGCUCCGCGGCUCGGGAAUUGCCUGGCGGUGUCUGGUUUUGAUGGCACCGUCCACGUCUACGAUACACAAAACUGGGAUUCCUCGGGGCAGGAAGCCAAGCCGGUGUUCAUUCACAAAGGGCAUAUUUUCAGCAGCACGGCCCACGUUGGAGACCCACCCCUGGUCACCGCCCACGCCUGGCAUCCCUGCAAGCCCCGGACGGUGUUAUCGGCAGCGAGGGACGGCUCACUGCACGUGUGGGACUGGUCCGAGCCUCGCACGGCUAGCUAGUGCUCCGGACUCCCUCUGACAUUCCCCGUUGCCAUGAAUCUGUGAGGAACGCUCAAGGAUGAAAUAAAAUCCCCCACCCCCAGCGUCGCUGGACCAAACCUUUUUAAAAUAAUAGGUUCUUUGGCAAGAGCCAGGGUCUGACCAGCGACGGUCCAGUUGCCUCCUCUGUGCGUCCGCUGUUCCCAAAUUGGGGGUGAAGACUAGGGAUGUCCUCCGCUUCUUCUCGGACUGGAGAAGCAGAAGCGGAUCGGGGGGCUUCGCCUCCCCUUAAGGCGGAGGCGAAGAGGAUCGGGGGAGC